AUGUCUGCCAAUCUGGGACGCCGGCUGUAUGCCCACAUCUGGGAAACAGCAAAUCCACUUUUUGGUCGCAUACGAAGCCAUCGCAUACCCGAUGUCUCGAGCUCAAGGACAUUGCUGGACGGGCGCCUGGCGAAUCCUUCACGACCCUUCUCAACUUUACCCAAAAAACCGACUUCACUAACCAGGAGACUCGCCUCCGGAGGCUUCCUCGUCCUCGGUGUCUCGCCCACCUCGACUGCUGCAGAAUCUACGGCAGCAUGUAUCGUCCCAUCCCGAAAGAUCGCCACCCAGUACCUCUGGAAACGAACUGUAUAUACCUCUCCUCAUGACCGACACGAGAAGGAAGCAUCGCAAAAUGCUCAUACACGCAAUGAAAAUGACCCUACACCAAAAGUCAGCAAACCGCACCCACAACCCGGUUCGAACAAACCACAGGAUCCUCAGCACUUCACAAUGUCUAAUCUCCACUUGAGGGAUCGUCUACCACAUAUGCCUCAUAUUCACCGGCCGACCAAGGAGGAGCUACUGGCUGCAGCUACUGGGUUCUGGUCACGCUUAAAAGUGCGAUUCAAGUGGUUCUCUAUCAGAAGUGUUCGUCCGUACAACCUGGAUGAGAUAACUGCCCUUUUCUCAUGGGUUUUGCUGGGUCAUGUUGUGUGGGUUGUCGCUGGAACUACAACUUUCUUCUCGCUUUUAAUUCUGGCCAUCAACACGGUCUUUGCUCAAGAGACCCUAGCGGGAUGGGUUGGCAACUACCUCACUAAAUCCUCCGGGGUCAAGGUUGUUUUCGAAUCGGCAAUCGUGCCCAAAUGGAGAAAUGGCGUCAUCACCUUCAAAAAUGUCUUCGUAUCAAAACGACCAGGCCAAGGCACAGGCCAUGUCAGCAAAGGCUCGCCCAAGACGGCGGCAGAAGCGGCAGCGGCUCGGGGGGACCCCGGAUAUGACGAAUCGCUGGUCGUAUCGGAUGAAGAGGAAGAUACUAAUUACACACAAUUUGACCUGUCGAUAGAGACGGUCAACGUCACACUAUCAUUCACCAAAUGGCUGAAUGGUAAAGGGCCUCUACAUGAUGUUGAGGUGAAAGGGAUCCGAGGUGUCGUGGACCGCCGGCACGUCUUUUGGCCCGAGGAAGAUUUGGAUCCCAAGUCUUACCGACAUGAGCACAAUCCCGGCGACUUUGAGAUUGACUCGUUCAAGAUGCAUGAUCUGCUGGUCACCAUUUAUCAACCCGACAAUUUCCGCCCCUUCUCCGUCAGCAUCUUCUCGUGCGAUCUACCGCAAUUACGGAAACAGUGGCUUUUCUAUGACUUCCUCUCAGCCAAUAUGAUGUCGGGGUCUUAUGACAACUCUCUAUUCACCAUCCAUGCCCGUCAGACCCAUGGCUUUGGCAAUUCCCGCCUGAACAGCGGGGCCGAAGAAGACGGCAAACCCAACCCGUGGAAGAAGCACAACAGGAUACGAGUGGAUGGACUCAAUAUCGACCAUCUCAACCGCGGUGUUCAGGGACCUUUCUCCUGGAUCCACGAGGGGACCGUGGAUAUUGUGGCAGACAUCAUGCUACCCUCCGAAAACGACGAGAGCCUGGCCAAGGUCAUGGCUGAUUUCUAUGAUCGACUGGAGGCCACCGUCACUUCCAACCGAUACCCGGAGCCUCCGUCCCCCAGCUCCAGCCCAGAAUCCGGACCCGAAGAUCGACGUUUCCUCGUCAUGGACCUACGCGUCCACCUCAACAACGUGCGUGCCAUUGUGCCCAUCUUCACUCGAGAUCUAUCCUACAUCAACAACGCUCUGAUUCGACCUAUCGUGGCGUACAUCAACUCGAAGCGGACCUUUAUCCCUAUCAAUUGCCGCUUGGUGAAGCGAGUCAGUGACUUUGACGGCAGUUGGACUAUCUUUGAUAGUAGCUUGAUGGAUGAUCUCUCGGCCUCGACGUACGAUGCUUUCGCCCGAGAUGUCGUGGACGACGAAGCCCGGAAAAGGCGGUUCAAGAAAGUUGGGUUCUGGUCCCUUCAGCUGGCCGCCCAGGCGAUUUUCAUGGGCAUGGCUGGUAACAUCGCCUGA